AUGCUUCUCCAACCUCAUAUCCCUGAACUUCCCAAAUACACAAGUCUGGAAGGUAGAACUGUUCUUGUUACAGGCGGUACCAAUGGUCUAGGCUACGAAAGCGCUCGUCAAUUUCUUACUUUCAAAGCGCCCCGUCUCAUAAUCACGGCUCGCAAUGCAGCUAGAGGAGUCGAGUCCGUGCAAGCUCUUCGCGCAGAUCCUGAUGUUAUCAAGGGAAACCCCAAUGCGAUCAUUGAUAUGUUCCCUCUAGAUCUUGAUGAUUACAAAUCUGUAACCAAAUUCUGUGACAAAGUCAAAAGCGAGGCACCUGAUUUGGAUGUGCUGGUAUGCAAUGCUGGAAUCUCCCAAAUGGACUUUAAGAUGAGUGCUAGUGGGCAUGAACAAAUUAUGCAGGUCAACUGCUAUAGCAAUUUCCUCGUGGCAUUAGAAUUACUGCCUGUUCUUCGAGCCACUGCAGCGAAGAAAGGACAACCAUCCCAUCUUACGUUCGUUGGUUCCGCCAUGCAAACAGUACACUCCUUUGCCUCGAAUCCUAUCCCUCCAUCGGAGAAUGUGCUCGAUUUUCUUGACAAUGCCAAAAAUGCAAGCAAGCUGAAGCGAUACAAUGAUAGCAAACUAGCCGUGAAUGCCUUCGUUCGUUAUAUCGCAACAAAGGUGUCCAGCUCCGAAGUUAUUAUAAAUGAUUUCUGCCCAGGUGCCGUGCCGACCAAUCUUGAACACAAUACACCCUGGUUGAUCAAGAAGAUUGUUACUGUACUCAAGAGAACAGUCGGCAGAUCAAUCCAGGAAGGGGGUCGAACGGUUGUCUAUGCAUCGAUUCUUGCCGGGACAGAGAGCCAUGGGAAAUUUCUGCAACACAAUAAAGUUGUUCCUGGACCGCCAUAUCUCGAUGAAGAUGCCGGUAAAGAAUUCACUCAAAGGUUAUGGACCGAUUUGCUUGCCGAGCUAAAGACCGUGGAUCCCCAAAUCACAACCUGGAUGUAG